GUCUUAUAAGAUGCCUCGUAAAGCUUCGCGCCGCGCUCAAUCCACCCCAUCCGAUCACAUUGAGGAGCACACCCUCUCCCAACAGCAAGAUGAUGAUGCAGUCGACGAGGAUGGAGAAGAUCUACCGCGUCGCAGUUCCAAGGUUUCCAAAUCCAAAGUGAAGAAAGCCACGGCACGCCAAGAUGAGGACGAUCAGCCUGGCCCUGAAGAUGGCAAUGGAGGCGAUAUGACUCCGUUCGACAAAGAAACAUUUGGCAAUCAACCCCUGAAUAAGAACGAAGGCUCUAAACUGACGGGUAUCGCGGCGGACUGGGCAAUGAUAGAGAAAAAUGUCAGGAACAGCGCGCCAGCGCUUCUCAACGACGUAGCAAGCGCCGUAGCUGAGCUGAGGGACGAUGAAGCUGCCGAGAAGGAACUCAUCCAUCUCGAUAAGUUAAUGCGAGAAAUGGUCGACAUAGAUGAGGAAAUCUCCGCGCAUAAGAGGACGCUCGAAGAGCUUCACCAACAAGUCAUCCGUGGUGAAGAGAUCUCAGAUAUUCUAGAUCGCUAUGAGAACGAUGUGAAAGGAAAGAUCGACAAAUACAAGAAAAAGACAACUCGUCAGAAGUACGGCAGGAAUCAACAUUAUGCAGAUUUCCGACAAGCCAUACAUGAGGUACGAAAUCCGGACGAUGCGAUGCCACCAGUUGUCGAAUUUUUGCCUCGAGAGAAAGACGAUGUCAGUGACGACGAUGACGAUGAUAUUCUCGUCGGAGGUGUCAUGCAAGAUUUCAAGUGCCCUAUAACUUUAACGUUCCUUGUUGAUCCCCUCACCUCUACGGUUUGUUCCCACUCCUUCUCUGGAGAGGCUAUUCGGCAAAUGCUUGGCUCCAAUAAGGCCACGAAGAAAAUUUGCCCUGCAGCCGGUUGCAGAAAGAUGAUCUGUUAUAAUGAUUUGAAGCCGGACAAAGCUUUGGAGCGCAAAGUAAAAAAUGCUCAGCGCAGAGCGCGGCAGAGGGAAGACGAUAAUGAUGCGGAGGAGAUAGUGGAGUGA